UAAAAUGUAAGGAUUGCUUUAUUUACUUGAAAGUGCUGUGAAUACACUAGUUCGGCAAAAUUCAAACGGCCGCUUGCUCGUUUGCCAACUUAUGAUAUAAAAAACGUAAUAAGAUGUCCAAAAUCCUACUCGGUUUUGGUGCCCUAGUGGUAGUCUACAUAGCAUGGUCAGCGCUAUCUAGUGAAUCCCCUAAACGCUUUGAAAUAGACCAAAAUGUAUGGUGGGGGCCGAACGAACUCAAAGGCAAAGAGGACACCAGUAUCAGACCAUUCAAAGUACAGUUUACUGAUGAGAUGAUAAAAGACCUAAGAAACCGACUGAAGAAUCAUCGGCCGUUCACCCCGCCUCUGGAAGGUAUAGCCUUCCAAUAUGGUUUCAACACCAAAGCGUUAGAACCCUGGAUAAAAUACUGGGCUGAGGAGUAUCCAUUCAAAGAACGGGAGGCUUUCUUCAACAAGUUCCCGCACUACAAGACCAAUAUCCAGGGUCUGGAUAUACAUUUCAUUAGGGUCAAACCACAGGUCCCAGCAGGUGUAGAGGUAGUACCUCUAUUAAUAAUGCACGGCUGGCCAGGCUCCAUUCGAGAGUUCUACGAGGCUAUACCUAUACUAACACGACAACAGCCUGGGUAUAACUUCGCUUUUGAACUCAUUGCGCCUAGUUUACCAGGAUUCGGAUUUUCAGACGCACCGGUCCGACCAGGGUUAUCAACAACACAAAUGGCAGUGAUCUUCAAGAACCUGAUGAUGAGACUUGGCUUCAAGAAGUUCUACAUCCAGGGUGGAGACUGGGGCUCCACCACCGGCUCAGCGAUGGCUACCUUAUACCCAAAAGAUGUACUAGGUUAUCACACCAAUAUGGCGGUGAUACAAAAUAAAAAGGGUGGAUUCAAAACAAUGCUUGGCGCUUUCUUCCCAUCUCUAGUGGUUGAGAGUCACUUAGCUGACCGAAUGUAUCCUCUUUUUGACAACUUUGCUUUCUUGAUGGAAGAAUUCGGAUACUUCCAUAUUCAGGCCACCAAACCUGAUACAGUUGGUGUUGCGCUAACUGAUUCUCCUUCUGGUCUUCUCGCGUAUAUUCUGGAAAAGUUCUCGACCAACACAAAUCGUAAUCACCGCAAGUUGCCCGACGGAGGUCUUGAGAGGCGGUUCACUAAGACACAGCUGAUCGACAACCUGAUGGUCUACUGGUCUACUAACAGAAUUACAACUUCCGUAAGACUGUACGCUGAAGAAUUGAGCAACAAGAACAGAGAGCUGGAGAUAGAUGAGUAUCCGACUCCAGUGCCAACAUGGGCGUUCCAAGCUAAAUACGAAGGUAUGUACCAGCCUCCCAGCAUUCUGAAGACGAAAUACAUCAACCUCUUGGGAACGACAGUUUUAGAAGAUGGAGGUCAUUUCCUCGCAUUUGAACUGCCUGAAAUCUUCGCCAAAGAUGUCUUCAAAGCUGUUGAUGCUUUUAAAAAUUGGCAUAAAAAUGAAUCAAAGAACACAGAACUGUAAAAAGUGUUUUAAAUAGUUUUGUAAUAAAGUUAUGAUUUAU